GCAUCCCUGCGUGCUCUUGGCGAGCUCUGGCGGCGCUCGCCUGUGGACCUUCCGGAAGAGGCAGCCCGCCGAGGCCUCUACGACCUUGCGGCUCCUGUGAAGGGCUUCGAUGUCUUCCUGUCCCACACCUGGAUGAGCCCCGGGAGGUACAAAGUCCUCAGCCUGCUUUUCCAAGCAGGUUGGAAGCAGGCAUUCUUUGUCCAAAGCCUCUUCGUGGUGGCUGGAAUUAUUCUAUCUCUGGUGCGCUGGCUCCCAUUGCCAUUUACCAUCCCGCCCGAGUUUGCUGAGUAUUCGCACCUCAUUUGCCCAUUCUUCCCCUGGUGCCUCGUCUUGGGUUUCGUGGGAAGCUUUAUCGGGCUCGUGCUGACGCCCUAUCUUCCGGCCCUUUGCGGCCAGCAUCCUGUUUGCUUCCUGGACGUGGUCAGCAUCCACCAAGCAGACCAGGAGUUGAUGGAGCGAGGAAUCUACGGCUUAGGAGGAUUUUUGCGCGUUUCCAAAGAGCUCCGGGUUCUUUGGUCCGCACCCUACCUCUCCAGGCUGUGGUGCGUGUUCGAAUUGGCGGCCUACCGGAUGGCAAAUCCCAGCGGGCGCAUCGUCGUGUCCCCGAUUUUUGUGGAGGUGGGUGCCCUCGUAACAAUCCUCUUCACAUACUUUGUGGCUGCCCUGUUUUCACUUGUCUUUGUGCUCAAUUGGCAAGAAGUCGGGCAAGUCAUGACCUAUGUCGUUGCGCUUGUUCCACUCCUGCUGUUCUUGCACCUCAUGCGUCGGAACCUUAUGUCGAAGCACAGGUUAUUGUCAGAGCUGCGCUUGUUCGACCUCGAGAAGGCAUAUUGUCGUACGGACUUUGAUCGAGAAUUUAUCCACAGAGCCAUUAUCGAGUGGUACGGGAGCAAGGAGGCCUUUACACAAUACGUGCGCGGGCCGCUGCGAGAAGAGCUGAUGCGCUGCAACAGAUCCGCUUUCCCCUUACCAUACCUUCUCAUGGUGAGUGCUGUACCUUUCAUUGCCUCGCUGGACAGCCUGGUGUCGGUGUCGCUCGGUGGCAUGAAAUAG